GCGCUGCUCCACAGCCCUCCCUGUCUGUGAAGUGCGCCGAAAGCGUCUCCACUCUGCAGCGUUUAUGCGUCCCAGCUCCCGUCUGCCAAAGCUAAAUGACACAAAGAGGCCGAGACUGAGAUAAACCGCUACGAUCAUGAGCCCUUUGCUUCUGUCGGCUUUACAGAAACACCCUUGAGGUCUGCUUUACUUCACUGCCAGAGCUGUGGUCCACCAUGAGGGUAAAGAGAUGAGCUUGCAUCAAGCAGCCCUGUCCCUGCAGUUCCUGCCACUGGACAUUUGCUGAAUCCCAUUACCCAGAAGAUGAUGUCCUUGUCUCCCAGAUACCGAUUCUGAGGACCAGGCCUUCACAGCACUGACUGUGCACCAUGGCAGGAGAGACUCAGCAAAUGCAUUCAGUCAAAGAGCUGGAUGCUGAGUCCAAGCAGCAGGAUGAGGGGACAGCGGUGGAACAGCAGAGCGAUAAAACCACAAAGGCAUCUUCUGAGCACUUUUCAAGCAGAGGGACUGAGGCCAGGCUUAGCACCGGAGGAGCCAAGGCGGAAAAACUAGAGAAAGACAGAGACUGUCCACAGCAGCGUGAAGCUGUCAUAAGGCCACAGCAGACAGGGAAGAUUGACUUUAGUUCACUGCAGAACAGAACGAAAUUUGUCACUGACAGGACUUGGUCGAGUGGGAAAGGCAGUCCUCAGUCACCGAGUGGAAAGGGCCGCAGCCGAGAGAAGGGGAAGCGGUCAGGAAAGACAGAGCGUGGCAACCCGCAGCAGCUGUACAGACUAAGCAUUACAAAUCCACGCACCAUUGGCAUAGCCUACCCACAACAGAAAGUUCUGCCACCCAAGAAGUUGGAACCUAGCCGUGGCCCAGUCUCGGGUAGCUACAGACUGAACGUUCCCACCAUGCCAGAGAGAGAGGUCGAGCUGCAGCAACAAGAGUUCAGCUACAGCCGCUACUUCCAGGAGAAUCCCUCUACCAUUAUCUCCUCAAGCUAUACCUCCCAGGCACUGGGUUCCUCAAGUGGGCCAUCAUCACACUCACACCCAUCCCUGUCACAGCAACAGCAGCAGGCAUCGAUGGAUACUAACAGCACACAGCCUGGAAGUCAGCUGAUGAUGGCUGAGUGUCCACUUAGUGGCUCAAAUGUAUGGCAGUCACCUGAACGGACCUAUAAUGGUUCUAAUUAUGGGAUUUCAUCACAAAAAUCCACUGCUCUCUCUGAAACCGGAAAGACGAGUGCCUUUGUGCCUGCUAAAUUUCAGUACGGAUAUCAUUUACUGGAGCAAUCAACCCCUGAAUCUUUUGCCUCUGAUCAGAAUCCCCAACCACAAAUCACCCAUAAUGCAUUUUCCUUCUCGCCUGGAAAUGGGCAAAACACUUCUCAAAACAGCUCUCAGUUCAGUGCCGACCAUCAGCCAGAUAGAAGCUCUUAUCCCAACCCGCAACAGGCCCAGUUUAUUCAGGGGGUGGCAUCAUCCAUCCAGUGUUCCAGAACUCUGAGUGAAGACUCACCCAGCAGUGACAGCUCGGGUUCCAGCUCACAGCAGUCAGAACAGGGGAAGACUGCUCUACCCGAGAGCUCAGACACGAGUUCUCAGGCAGAUUGUCAGGAUACAGCCAUCACAUCAGGGAGUAAUAGAAACUGUCACCCCAAAGAUGCAGCUGCCAGCCAGAGAACACUCAUUCAGGUUGGUGUGCAAGCAAGAAAUAUUUCACAGAGCCCAGGCUCCCCGAUGCACUUUCCCAACAGAACAUUCAGGAAUCCUCCAGCCAACAGCAUCUGCACGGGUUCAACAGCUUUUGAUAAAUACAUCAACAGUAAGGUGGUGAGCAGACUGGUGCACUCAUGGGAGGGGCCUGAUAAGACAUAUUCAGCUGCCGAUCAAAACACUAAUCAAUACUCUGUUAUGAACGAGAAGUUUCAGUUCCAGAACCAGACAGCUAUAGACCACAGGCCAAAUUCAUCUAAAAGCAACAGAAUGCCUUGGCAGCAGAUACGGCCUAACUCUGCCAUGCCAAAUCAGAAACUAGCCUACAUGGUCUCUCCAUCUGACUGGCAAGAUGAGAGUAAAGGGCACAAGCAUAACUCAUUCCAGAGCAGCAGAAGUGGUGAUGUGCUUUCAAACCAAAGACAUGAAACUACAAAACAUAAUAGCACCACCAGCACCAUCUCAGCUUUCAAAUUAGAUAUGAACCAUGCACAGCUAUGUGAGGCCAAGAAUAAGUCAGUGUACUUUGGACUCAAUCAGACCAUUCCAACAGCUCCUUCAAGAAACUACAGCUAUCCACCACUCCAGAUCCCUCCCUUGGGGCUUUCAAAGGUGUCGCCAUAUGAGUCUCCUUUGCCUUCUCCAAUCCAAAACCCAGCAUCCAGUGGCACCUGCUCCUCCCUCUCUCCAGCAUCAACCAGCCCCAUUAAUAUCAGCUCAGAAGACAGUCAGGUGUCAAAGUCAGCCCCACCUCACCUGUUCUAUCAGCCGCCACAAGUCAAAACUCAGUUACAAUUAGAUCACAUGAACAUGCACUCCCACCAGGUUCAUUCUAACGCUCCACAAAGCCUUCCCUACACGCCAGACAGAGCCAAAGAUGAAGCAAUGAGCUACCUGCAAAACAGCACACACUCAAAGGCAGCCAUGGACAGCAAUAAAGGCUAUGUGGAUAGUUUUGGUGUAGAGCACCACCAGCCCCCUCCUCCAUAUUCUGCACACCCUCUCUUUGCCAGCUCGCUAGCCACUGCAAAUCUGGAUCAGUUGGAUGUGCUCCUGACGUGCAAACAGUGUGAUCAGAAUUUCAGCAACCUGGCUUCAUUUUUAGGCCACAAGCAAUACUGUCCUCAGAACACACUUGCACAGAAUGAACUCAAAGAUUUAUCAAAGAUGGAGGGCAACAGGAAGUUCCAUGCAGAACCGGUUAAAGCAGCAUUACCUGUGUCGAAUACUUCAUUCUCAAGGUGUCCAUCUGACCUUCACCUGUCGUUGUUGGGCCUCAACAAAAACGGAGAACUGAUAUCUGACAGUGAAGCAAAAGGAGACAGUAAAGAUGACCCACUGAAACUGGGUUUGUUCUCUGGUCCCAGUAACCUUCCCGUCCCGCUGCCGGAGCUGGAGAUGGAGGAUGCAAAGUUAGACAGCCUAAUAACAGAAGCUCUAAAUGGACUCGUAUAUCAGUCAGACAAUGUGGAGAUAGACAGCAGCUUUAUUGAUGCAUUUGUUGAUGAUGACCUCACCACAGUCAAAACAUCAUCAAACAAACUAUGUCUGAAAACAAAAGAAUCUGCACUUCCCGAGAGCAAAGAUAAACAAGGGGUCGAAACAUCCUUUGCACAGGAAAAGUGUUAUAACUCUGAUGCUGAGAGCAAAGAGAAAAUGGCUACCAGUUUACAGGAAGAUGAAAAAAUUUACAUUAAAAAAGAUGAAUCUCAUAAAAAUUCAAAAAUUGCCUCCAGGGAGAAGGCGUGGGAACAAGAGAGCAAAGUGAAAGAGACGAGAAAGCUGUGUAAAAGUGAGGACAAAAACACGAGCCCCCAAAGGUUUCUCCUAUCUGGCAAGUUUUCCGAGCAUUGUGGUUUAAAAAGCUUUCAGGACAGGCCUACUCUUCGGGGGUCAGCAGCCUCGCAGGCCUCCACGUCUCCAACCUCAAGAGCUGCAGCUAAAGAAAGCAAGAGGAAAAGCACUGGAGGGGGCACCUGGAGCAAAGAACUAAUUCACAAAAUAGUACAACAAAAAAAUAAACUCCACAAGCUUCACGUUAAAGGUUCCAAAAACCUCCAGUUUUCUCUAGUGAUGGAGCGACUCACUCCAACUGCGCAGAAUCCAGCUUUUGGAGAAUAUGAUUAUGUAUCUGACUCGGAUGAUGAGUGCGAGCCCGUGAAGAUAGCGAGCCAAGGCCGGCUGAAUCAAAGCAGCCGCUGUAAAUACACCUACACCAAGCAGUGUAAAUGGCGAGCGAGGAGUGAGAGAGAGCAGGCGGCAUGGAGGCACGAGUCCAAAGAGUGUUUUGAGAUGAAGAAAAGCGAGAAGCUGUCUCUCACACCAGAGAAACACCAAAGACUCAGGAGGCGAGGCAGCAGGUCGUCUACCAGCAGCGACCUCAGCACAUCCGUGAGCCCCAAAAGCACUGACCGCACUGACUCGGACAGCGAGAGAAAGAAAGACUCUCCAGAACAGAAAAGCCAUGACAGAUCCACCUCGCAGAAGCUUUUUAAAGAGUCAAGCACCCUUGCACUGACAUUCACUAAAUCUGUCAAGAAAUAUAACAUCGACAAAACAAAAUAUUCUGAGAACAAAGAAAUUGCAGAGGACCCAGAGAAGUAUUCAAAUCAAGAAGUUCCUGAUCUGCUGGCAUCCCCACAAAAAGUAAGAGAGGCAGUGAAAAACUCAGAAAAAAGAGGAAGCUCUCAGGCCAAAUCAAGAGACAAACUUGUGCCUCAGAAAACAGAAAGCAGCUCAGGUGUCAACACGCUGCAGAGAAUAGACAAACCGAACAGUGAAGAGGGGCCAUCACGAUACAGCAGCACAGAUAACAAAACUCUAGAGGUUGAGUCACACCCUCCUGCUAUCACAGGAGAAGCUGAUCUUAAUGUGGACAGAAACACAAAGGACAAAACAGGCAGGGAGCCAAAAGCUGCUCAGCUCCGGCUAUCAGGCAGUGCCACAUUGGAGAAACAGAGUGAGAGUGUUUGCAUGGUGAAAGAGGCUAUUAUUUUGGUCAAUGACCUAGACGGACACAGGCCCACAUCUUUUUGCACAUCUUUGAUAGAUGAGGUGUGCCUGACCCCGACUGAAAGCCAGAACCCACUGAUACAGAAAGAUGCACUUGACCUCAUGCCCUACCCCAUGGAUCAGGAACAAGGUCUCAUCAAAUCCCCACUUUCAUUUGACACCUCCUCUAUGUUUGGGGACCUUGCAGGGUUUGACAGUGGCCUUUACUCGGAGAUACCCAUUCAGAAAGACAGCUUCCAUUCAGUGGAGAGCACAGCUGACAAAAAGGAGGCGUUUGUCUCAUCUUUUUCUCCUUUUAUGGAACCAAGAGACUGGAACCUCAUGGUUAACCCCAUCCUACGGGAUGAGAUAUCCCAGUACAAAGAAAUUUCUGAGAAAUCAAACGAGAAGAAGUCAGAUUACAGUCACAUCUCAUCGUCUCUACCGGAGAAAAUAAUUGACUACAGUGCAAAUCUCAGCAGCUGUGCAUCGGAGGAUGAGCUAGAGAUAAAGAGAAUAGUGAAUGAGCUUGAAAAUCAGCUUCAGACGACUAAGCUGGAAAGCCCUCCUCUCUUGAUCCAGGAGGCCUCAAAGCAGCUGCAAAUGAGCAAAUUUUCACCUUUAAGAGGUGCUGAUAACUCUGAGCGUGAAGGCAACAGGUUGAAUAUUAAAUGCUCAGCUCAAACAAUCGAUUGCUCAGAGCCUUUCACCGAUCCAGAGCUCCCAUGGUCCAGUAGGUUCCAGUUUGACCUGAUUGGUCAAAAGCACAGGCCCCACACUCAGAUUCAUAGUGAAGCAGCAGCACUUAAACCUGAGCACCUCCAUCAUGACAAAACAUUAGGGCAGAGCACGGAUGAAAAUGAGGCUCCCACAGAAACAAAAGAAGACAUUUUAGAGCAAAGAAGAUACACCGAAAAUCUCAUGAAAAGCUUGGAGGUGAUUUCAGACUCAAUCUUCCAAAAAGAACCUAUUAUAUCAGAACAUAAGGAGCCAAAUAUCAACUCUCCCACCAGUCAACAACACGAAGAAGCUGAAUGUCAGGCCCCUGAUGGAGCUGGGAGGGAAGAUUGCUGCGAAAAGGAAGCAAUUACCGCAAAAGAGAGUAUUUCUUCGCUUCCAAAUAUCAGUGAGCAGAAGGAUGAAAUUGAAAUCAUUCUCGACAAGUCGCAGUCAUCUGUCCCCAACGACGCUGACCCUUCAUUUGGAGGCAAGCAGCCAGUUUCCUUGCAGAAACGUGAAACCACAGAGAUUGAGUAUCAUGACGUAGACACCAGAGUUGCAUCAGAUGUCAAGUCUGCUCGCUGCUCAGCCAGCAGUGAGGGAGAUGAUUCAAAUCAGCUGAUUAAAAGAAACAGUGAUUGCAGAGAAAACUGUGAGGAACCAGCAGCAGCAGAGGAGAUCACUCAUCAACCUGAGGGUCAUUUUUCAUCACCAGCUCCAGCUGACCCCACUCAGGAGAUUGGCAAGAAAAUGGCAGAUGUCAUUAAAGCAGCACUGGAACAACAAUACGCUAAUGACAGCAACAAUCCUGAAGGCAUUAGUUCAUCACAGGCAGCUGAGUCAAAAGUGGGCGAAAUAAUGGAGACAUCAACACAAGGUAAUUUGAUUGCAAUCUCUGCCUCAGAAAGCUCCUGCCCUUCAAAUGCAUACACUAAAUUGAAUAUGUCAUUGGAGAUUGUUAACAAAGAUAAACCCUGCAGUCCUGAGCUGGUUAAAACCAAUCCAGAAAAAUGCUGCUCACCCUUCCAUGACACCCAAUCUGCAGAGGGACAAAGCAAUCAGUUGAUCCUGUCACAGUCUGACGGCAUUAUUGACGGCAAUGCCUGCAAAGUGACUCUGUUUAAUGAGCCGUUAAAAACUGACAUGGGCCUCAUCUUUGCCAACCAAGAGGAGAUUCUGAAUGUUCAGGACAUCAAAGAGCAUUUUCCUGUUGAUUUCAUGGCAAGCCAGCAGAACUCCCCAUGCAGAGAGGCAGCAGAAGAAAGCUGUUGUGUCUUUUUGGACUCUGUCUCGCCAGCCAGUCCUCUUUUAUUAAUUUCUCAUCAAACACCCACAGAGAAAUUUGACUUGAAAGGAGAUUUAAAUUCAAAAAGGAAAUUCAGCAAUGAAUGUAUUGUCCAACGCUGUCAAAAUCCAAAAUCUCCUAUAAUCAAGGACCACGAAGUGGCAGUAAACGGUGAUUCAUCAAAGACAGCGGCUGAGAUGGACUGUUCUCUGAUAAGCACACCUCAGAUGGACUGCAGAAUGAUCCCAACAUCUGAAACAGUCAGCUCCUCUCCAGUUCCUGCAAGCCGUACAGCAGAACCACCAGAGGUGAAAGAAGAUGAAAAAGGUGAUCUAAUGUAUGAUUUAAAGCUCAGCCCCCUGAACUACAACGACCUCUCAGAUGAACCUUCCCAGCUGAAUCAGUACGACUACAUACCGAUAUCACCUGCCAGUAAGCCUGAGGAAGAUCUUGACACCAAGCACAGACCAACAGAGAGCUGUGAGUCAUGUGACCUCAGUGUUAACCCUGCACUGAUUUUUAAUCAAACUGAGACAGAAGCAACGAUGCCACUUGGCUCGGAUCCUGAAGCUAAACUACAGCCAUCUGAUGAGCCCCUGGUCCUACAGCAGAGUAUAAAAUUCGCCUGUUUUUCCUUGGGUCUCAAACCAGACAUACCAAAGACUGAUUCCUCAGGUGAUAAUCCCAAGAUAAGCCUGCAGGUAUUCCAUGAUCCAGUUCAGCCUGUUGAGGAUGUGCGCAUCCAAGCGGACCUGCUGACAGAAGCUGCAUCAGUCAAUUUAGAUUCUCACAAGGCAUCUUUUGAAGACUGUGCUCUUCCCAAAAAAGCUGAACCACUUAUUGUCUGUGAAAAUGAGAAAGUUCCCCUCCCACCAGAGAAGCAGCUAACAAUAGAGAGGAGCCCGUGUUCAGCCGGUCAGCAAACACACAAAGAGACAACACACAAGAAGUCGCAGAGCAGUGAUCCACUGGGCAAAGUGCUCUGUGAGAUUUGUUUCAUGUGUUUCAGAAGUGUGCCGGGGCUGAAGAGACACAAGGCCAUGAAGCACGUGGUCAGAGCUGAGAAAUGCUCACAGAGCACAACAUCGAGCCAUCAGGGGACUGUGCUUAUUUAUGAAGCGCCGGUGAAUAAGCAAAAAGAUGAUUCACAGAGGUGUUUCCCAGCAACUAAAAUAGAUGGGCUGCCUGAGAUAAGCGGCUCUCUCACCUCUAAAACAGCAGAGAUGGAAUCAAUCCUAGAGGAAAAAGAUACUGAGAUUAGCAGCAUGGCAGCAGAUGAGAUAAACCAUCAAAACCCUCCACUCCAGGCAAAGGCAAAGAAGAACAACAAAGGAAGAAAGAACAAGAACAGUGAGCCGAAUCCUGACCCUUUCUCUGAUGAGCUCUUGAAAAUAUUAAAAUCAGACAUACUCCAAGCUAUAACUCCAGAAUUUAAAAGCAGCGCCCUACAGGAGCAAAGUAAAUCCCCUGAGGGGAAAAUCUGUGACAGACCUGUUGCUCGAACAGAAGAGUUCCUUCACCGUGCCACUGCCGACCCUGCUUUUAACAGCGAAACCCAAACUCCAGAGCCAAACACGCUGAGUGAAACUGUGGAGCACAAUCAGUUUGGAGAGACGAAGGUGACAGAGAUGGUAUAUUUAGAGACGUGUACAGAAAAAAAUGUUGAACGUGCGUCUGUAGAGAAUGAGAUUAUGGGAGAUUAUGAUGAGACCGAACAGAAAGGAUCUGAAGACAGCCUUGCCCUGGAGAUUCUUAGAAAUAUUUCAACAGACAUGAAAUGCCCUUCUGACAAUCUAAAGCCCCUCUCCUGUCUGAAUUCCUCCUCUCCCAGUCCGCCCGGUAUGAGCUCAGACUUGAAGGCCAUACUCGACGAUGACACCACAUUCUCGCAGCUGUUCCCUCGAGAUGAGGAAGCUAAGAGAAAAAAGUGCCCUAGGGUGUAUAGCAAGAGACACAAAAGACAGAAGUUAUCAAUCACUUCAGAGGUGGCUGCAGAUUACCUCCCCGCUGAUACUUUCAUGCAAAAUAAAAACCAAUGUGGGGAACCCCAAAGUGUGCAGACCAUCUCUGACCAGCAAAGUAAUCGCUGUGAAUAUGAGACCAUUUCCAUUGAUGACACCAUUAUGCUAAACAUGUGUCACAACAGCACUUUAAAGGCUGAUGGCAAGCCAAUGCCAGAUUUUAAACAAAACAAUCAGCAGGAUGUUUGUGAGCUUGGCAACAACCUGUUGAAUCCACUUGAAAGCACUGUCAAUAAAUCUACAGUUGAAUGGAGCUUGUCCCGUGAUUUCACUGGCUUUAAAUCAUGCCCAAUAGUGACUUCUGAAUCCAGCGAUAGCAAACAUGAGGAGCCUCUGCCAGCUGCUCCCUGCACGGUAGAGCCACAUGUUGCAGAGGGUGCCCAGUCCUUCCAAACCAUCGACAUACAAAACAUCAACACAACAUUUCAGACUCCUGAGAUGCAGUUGUUUGACUCAGAAAAAGACGUCCAAGUGGCUCCUCUUCCUGAGGCUGCAGAUACGGAUGGCAAAGAGGAUGAAAAAUCAAAGAAAGAGACAGAGCGGCGAGGGAGGAAGCGGCAAGAUGGAGGGAUGAAGGUCAAAGAUAAGCAGUACAAAUGCAAAGUGUGUUUCACCUGGUUCCUCACCCUUGGAGAGCUGAACUUUCACAAACUCUCCCAUAACCCCUCUCCACCACCCACCUGUUACAUGUGUGUGCAGCGAAAAUUCAGCUCCAGGGAGCAGCUGAGAGACCACCUGAGGGAGAAGCAUGCCAAGAACAAGACGGGCAUCUGGACUUGUGGGAUGUGCCUAAAGGAGAUAUCAGAUGUCUGGAUGUACAACGAGCACUUGCGAGAGCACGCCACUCAGUUUGCCAGGAAAGGUCAGACUCAAGGAUCCAUGUUAGGCAUUCCAGGCUGUUUCAUGCAGGAAACGGCUGUGAAGAACUUUAUAUCCUCGAUCAUGCAGCAGCGGCCCAGCAAAGCUAAUAGAGAGUCCAGCAAAGCUACUAAAGAACAGGAAAAAGCAGCUACAGGAUUUGUGAAAUUCUCAGAGGGGGCUGAAACUAAAGCGAACAAAACUAAAAGCAGCACUGGAGGAGGUGGGAAACAGAGCACUUUAACCCCAAUUGAGGUCCUCCACAAAACAGAAACGCCAAAGAGUGUGGAGAUGCAUCCCAACUGCAAAGACCCUUCAAGAGACUGUCACCACUGUGGGAAACAGUUCCCCAAACCCUUCAAACUCCAGAGGCAUUUAGUGGUGCACAACCUGGAGAGGAUUUUCCUGUGCCACAAGUGCCCCAUUUCUUAUCAGGAGGCCCAGGAGCUCAAAGAGCAUCUGCGGAGAGCUCACGAGGAAGUAGAUGAUCUGGAUUCGAAGCACACAACUCUUUACACAUGUGAGCUCUGUGCCGAUGUCAUGCAUGUGAUUAAAAAGUCCUUCAUCUGUAGCACCUGCAACUACACAUUCUCAAAGAAAGAGCAGUUUGACCGUCACAUGGAAAAGCACCUUUCUGGGGGGAACAAAAUUUUCAAAUUCAGGGGCGUCCUCAGACCUGUCAAAGCAUCUGCCUCCAAAGAAAAUGAAUGUGAUUCACCUGUGAGUAAGAGGAUCAGGCUUCUCUCUGACAGCCUGCCAGAAAACAGCUCGGACAGUGGCAUCGCUAGUUUUAGCUCACUACACUUAAAUCAGAAUGCCGACACACAGUCUUUAAAGCCGUGUGUGUCCACAGCCGAUGACUCCACGCAGACAAUCCCGAAUGAACACCAGGGCGACUCAAGCAAUGCAAAUGUGAAAACAGAGGAUUUUACUGCAGACUGCUGUCAGCUGAUUGAAGACUUGGAGAACUGUAUUCAUCUGAGCUCAUCUGGAUCUACAACACCCAAGAAAGAGAAAUCUGAUGUGACUGUGUUACCUCACCUUGACAAAGAGGCCAAUGGGAAAUCGAUUCCUGAAUCAUGUGAUGUAAAAGAAGAGAAUGAGUCAGUCUGCAUAAGAACAGAAGCAACUUCAUGCAGUGUAUCUAAAGAAAGUAGCAUGGCAGGGGAGGAGGAGGUAGUUAAAGAUAAAACAGAUUUGCCUCCAGCAGUUCUCGAGAACUCUUCUGUCUGCUCAACAGAAAAUCAAAUUUUUCUGCAGACACCUGAGUCUGCAGAAUUAGCCGUUGAUGAGGUGAACCAGCAGGGGGAUGAUGAGCAGAGGCGUUGCACAUUGUCUUGUAAUGACACUAAACAGCAGGCAUUAUCUCAUGGUGCUGAGCAAAAAAGCAGCAGUCAGAUGAAAAAUAAUGCUGCCCCAGCUACAAUGCCAGAAAACACUAAAACCAGCGCUGGAGCUGGCUGUGCAAAGGCAAUGGAAGCAACAGCCACCCCCCAACACAAGGUUUCCCUUUUAGCAUCGGCUACAACCGACGACAAGGACUUGGUGAAGCCGCAGAAGAGAAGGAAGGACGUGAAAUCCACAAACAUUAUGCAGAGGGUUUCCUCAUCGGUCACACAAGAGAACUACGUGGUUGAUCCUAAGCCCAAAAAGAAAUUUCGUCCGAGUAAGUGUGCAAAUCCCUCCCUGCAGAGAAAGUCGAAUUUAUCCAACGAGUAUCCCGUGCUCUCCUCUGUACGGGAUGACGUUGUUAGCAAUAAAAUAAUUUCUAAAUGCAAGAAUGUAAACUUGAGCUUACAGGCAAGAAGAGGUUUGCUUGAAAGCUGCGCACCAAAGAAACCCGACACCAUUACACCUCAAAACAGGGAGCUUAAAGCCAAAAGAGGACCUCUUGGAAGAUCUGUGCAUGUGUCUAAAGUGCCUUCAGUUUCAAUGAACAAUUCUUUAAACAAGCCAAGGCCAAAGACAGGGGUCAGGACAGUGGAUAGUAACUCCUUCCGGACAGCGGAGUCCCAGAACCACAUUCUGAGUCAGCUGUUCGGUCAAAAACUCACCAGCUUUAAGAUUCCUUUGAGGAAGGACACAUCAGAAUCUAUAAACUGAGGGUGGAGGGAUGGGGAUCUGUGAAUAAGAGUCUGUAUAUUUUCACAGUUAUAAAUGUUUAAGACAAGUAAUUAUGGUGAAUGAGAUUGCACAGCUGUUUUCUGUGAAAUGCUAGCGUUAAUUACUUCCGUAGUCACUUUAUAUCUUCUUAUGUACAUGUUUUUUUAUUACACAAAUGUGAGGACAAAUGGCAGAUAUGAACUGAAUAUUCUAGUUGGGUCUUAAACAUCACUUAAGGAGAUUUUCUUUUUAAAGUAUACUUGAAAACAAAGUCAAAAUAUGUUCUUUUAAAAAAUACAUUUCCAUUUUUACAGAACCUACAUAAUUACUUCAGCCUUUUCUGCUAAAGUACCAAAUUUUACUUGGACAUUUGUGCACCUUGAGUACAUGCUUCCAACCCAUUCAUUUUGUAUUGUUUUACACUUUACUGUACUGCGUUGACAUUCAUUAUUAUAAGGCUUUUGUACAAACACCUUGGUGCUACAUGUCGUUUAAAUGUAAUGUGAAUGCCGAUGUCCUCAGAGGGGAAGAGGAGAUCUGUAGCAGUUACAGCAUAUACAUCCAACUCUUUUUGUACUUUAUUGAACAUACUGUUUAAACCAAGUCACUCGAAUGUAGGCUGAUAAAACUCACAACUUACAACAGCUUCUGGUGUAUACAUAAACUCAGGUGCUAAUGAGGACAUCACAGUUCCAGGACCUGUAUUUGGAGUACUUUCCAUGCACUGAUAAUACCACACACAAAUGACAAACUCAUUCAUCUGUGUCUGUAACUCCAAAUGUUUAAUUAUUAAUAGUAUUUACUAGGACAACAAAGGUGCUUCAUCUUGUUUAUACUGUAUGUACCUUCAUUGUAUAGUAUUGUAGGUAGGAUAUUGUUUGAUGUAAUGCUUCAUGACAAAGUUUUAUUUUAUUAAUGUGCAAAAUGAAUGACAUUGAAAAGAAAGGGAAACUGCGUGCCUCUUGCAGGUUGUAAUGUGGUUCACUAAGUGGCUGUUUUACAGUUUGUUAUUAAAGAUCUGUAUUGGUCUCUCA